UACAGACAUGUGGAAAGUGGUUUUGUGCUAUUUUCUUGUAAAUAUUUUCCACCAUGCUUCGUAUAGCGAAGCAUAUCUUGUUGGCGCUGGUUUAAACGUCCGUUUUGCUCAAAUGCUCCAAACGGACACCAAAUACAAAGUACUAAGAGAAGAAAUGAUAAAGGCGAACACUCGCAACUUGGCGUACCACUGCCGUGCGGACAAGAGCGACUGCGAUGCAGCGCUAGCCAAGAUGCGGUACAAAGCAAGCAAGCACUUCUACGCAUUAUCUAAAGCGGUCGUGGACUAUGUGAAGAAUAGGAGACAGGCGCGCCCUACUGGAUACGUUGGUACAGCGACCUUCUGCCAGGACAACAUCUGCGUGCCCGACACUGACCCGCCCAUCGUGUACGGAGGCUGCUUCACCCUCAUCAGCUGCGGCGGCAACCAGACCUGGCACCUCGACCCUGUGCUCUUCAAGAAAAGAAAAAACAAAUACUAUUAAACCAUAAACUCUUGAUGUUUUAAUUCUGCCCUUUCAUCAUGAGGACAACAUCUCUGAUGCCGUUCGUCUGUGGU